CGUUUUCUUAGUUUUCAUGAAAGUGAUCAGCUUUUCUUUAUAUAUUUUCCCAAGUAAUCAAUUGGAAUGAGCAAAAAACAGAGACAACAAUGAAACAUCAAGAGCAAGCUCGUUUCUUGUUUGGGCUUUCGCUUUCUGAUAGACCUAAAUGGCAACAGUUUCUUAUUUGCACUUCUGGGUUCUUCUUUGGUUAUCUUGUCAAUGGCAUUUGUGAGGAAUAUAUACAAUAGACUACAGUUCAGCUAUGGAUGGUACUUCACAUUUGUCCAAGGAUUUGUGUACCUUUUUCUGAUUUAUUUUCAAGGCUUCACUCCAAAGAAAAUGGUGAAUCCAUGGAAGACUUAUGUAAAACUCUCUGCAGUUCUUAUGGGUUCUCAUGGGCUCACAAAGGGGUCUUUGGCUUUUCUCAACUAUCCAGCACAGCUUAUGUUUAAAUCCACCAAGAUUCUUCCUGUGAUGGUAAUGGGUGCCUUCAUACCUGGUUUAAGACGGAGAUAUUUAGUUCAUGAAUAUGUUUCUGCAAUAUUCUUGGUUCUGGGUUUGAUUCUUUUCACCUUGGCUGAUGCACAUACUUCCCCAAACUUCAGUGUGAUUGGUGUAAUGAUGGUGAUCGGCGCUAUAAUAAUGGAUGCUUUUCUGGGCAACUUGCAAGAAGCUAUCUUUACCCUAAACCCUGAAACAACACAGAUGGAAAUGCUGUUUUGCUCGACUGUCGUUGGUUUGCCAUUAUUGGUCCCUCCCAUGGUUUUAACAGGAGAAGUAUUCAAAGCAUGGAAUUCAUGUUCAGAGCAUUUAUAUGUGUAUGGCGUGUUGGUCUUUGAAGCCAUUGCCACAUUCAUUGGUCAAGUUUCAGUCCUUUCCUUGAUUGCCAUUUUUGGUGCAGCCACUACAACAAUGGUGACAACUGCAAGAAAGGCAGUGACUUUAUUACUGUCAUACAUGAUAUUUACCAAGCCAUUGUCCGAGCAGCAUGGGACUGGACUUCUACUUAUAGCUAUGGGGAUCACCUUGAAACUCUUGCCAUUUGAUAUCAAACCAGUUUACAAAAGAGUCUCGACCUCAUCAUCUUCAUCUGCAAAUGGAAAACAGGAAACUCUUUUACUGGUGAAAUUGAAGAGGAAAAACCCCAUGGUCUAA